AUGAAUACUGAUAAAGAUUGUCGAAAGCGACGACGAAAGGAAGAUGAAAGUAACACCAAUAAUAAAGAUUCUGACUCUCAGGAUUAUAAGCAAAAUGAUACCUGCUACAAGUUCAUCGCGGGAGAUAGUAGUGUGAAAGAGAAGAUUAAGCUUGAGAUAUCCAAGGUCUCGUCUGUCACUUGUAUUUCUGACUUUUGGAGCUCAAGAGCUCAGGAUGCAUACGUGACAGUAGUCUGUCAGUUCUUAAUGGACAAUUGGGAAGUAAAAUCUUACACUUUGACAACGGAAGAAAUCGAAGAACGUCAUACGACCAUUAAUAUAAGCGCUAGGAUACUUGAAAUUCUUUGUAAAUGGGAAAUUGAUGGCAAAACUACAACUGUCGUUACAGACAAUGCCAUAAAUAUGAUAAACGCUGUCAAAGCUCUACCAAAAUUGACAAUAAGUGAAGGGACAACGUGUGCAGCACAUAUCUUGCAGCUUGCAAUCUUAAAAGGAUUGGAAAUCGAAGAAAUUGAUAUAUUUUGCCAAAAGGCAAGAAAGAUGGUUGGGCACUUCCGUCAUUCAAAUAUCGCAUGGAAAGCAUUAAAAAAAAAUCAAGAGAAUUUCAAUAUACCUGUGCUUAAAUUAAUACAAAGCGUCCCUACACGUUGGAACUCCACAUUCGAUAUGCUUGAGCGCCUCGUGAAGAAUAGACGUCCUUUGGAAAGUGUCCUCGCUGACAAAUUAAUAACUAAAUCUAAAGUUGCUCAGAAUUUAGAAAUUGCAGAACGCGAGUGGCAUAUCAUGGAGAAUUUCAUCAAUGUGCUUAAGCCUUUAAAAAUAGCAACCACGGUACUAUGUGCCCACAACUCGCUCUUGUCAAUGGUGCGUCCAAUCUUUCAUUCACUGUUAGAAAACGAUUUAACUAAUGAUUCAUUAGAUGAUGAUAUGCUCAGCCAAUUUAAAGAAAUAGUAUCUCAAGAACUUAAUACGCGGUUUAACAUGAAAUGGCAUGAAAACUCAGUUGUCAAUGCACGGCAAAUCGGUUCAUUCUUUAACCCGCGAUAUAAAGAUCUACACGCCAAAAAAGUUGAAGCAAGAG